AUGGUUUCGCGGCCCGCUUUGCCGGCUGAGCCUCCCGACCGGCCCGGCUGGUGCCGCGGCGCCCUCAUGGAGGGAGCCCGGCCGCCGCCGGGGGAGGCCGAAGGAGGAGGAGACGCUGCCACCGCCCCCACCGCCCUCUCGGAGACCCAGCUAGGCCAUGCGUGGCCCUGGUCCCUGCGUGGCCCCGAGGAGCUGCAUUUCUCCUCCGGGGCAUUGCUCCGUCAGCAGCUGGAGGAAGAGAUGAGAGAGGUGCAGAAUUACGUCGGUCACGUCCGGGCCUUGACAGAAGGGCGGGAUGCUCUGGCGGUGGAAUACGAACGGGAAAACGAAGAGCUGAGGACGAAGUUCACCCAGCUGCAGUUGGAACAGGAGUCUCAGCAUAAGGAGGUGGCUGAGCUGCUGGCGCUGGAGGGCCUGGCCAGCAUCGUCCACAGCAGCCCCAGCGAGCAGGUGGCCUACCUGCUGGUGGAGAGAAGCUCCCUGCUGGAGCGGAUGGAGGCCCUGGAGCAGCACCUGGGAGCCCCCCACUGCCUGGGGAGGCCCUGCGCGGCUUCCCUACAAGCGCAGGAUGAACGGCAUCUCUUCCAUCCGAGGUUAGAGGAGGGAUUGCACCAGCCACAACCAUCCCUGCACCACCUCCCAAGGACGCUUCCCUUGGCAGGAGAGCCGGACGGAGGGCGGCCCGUCUGGGAAGAGGCCGGCCAAGGCCUGGAGGGAACCCCAGACAGGCUCCGGAGUGCCCAGGAGGGGAUCCCGGCGUUGGAGGAGGAUCUGGACGCAGCAGAGGGAGAGCGGGGGAACCUGCGCGACUCGGCUGGAGGAGCUGAGAUCUGGCGAGGGACGUUGGGUGAGGAGGCCGAGGGGCCCCAGCCGCCCCUUGAACCGUUGGAGAAACCUUCCCUCCCCGGAGAACCCCUCUUGGCCCUGGAGCCCGAUUCCCACGGCGCCUCCGGGCCGCGGAAGGCCAGCGAGCAGAACCCGGGGACAGAUAGACUGCUGCUGCACGGCCGGCUUUGCUCCCCAGAGGCAGAGAGAGAGGCCUCUCCGGGGGGCUUGGCUGCCAGCGACCUGGGAGGCCUCUUUAAGCACGAGCUGCACAGCUACCGGUCUGAACUCCUCCGUCUCUACGGGGAGCUCCGGGUGCUGCAGAGAGCCGCGGAGGAGAGGGAGUUCCUGCACCUGACUCACAAGAAGCUGCUGCACCAGAACGGGCGGCUCAAAGCCAAGGUCUUGGAGCUCUCCCGCGAAUGCGAGCGCCUGAACCAGCCUGUCCUGAGAGAGAGGAAGGAGGAGGAAGAGGAGGAGGAGGAGGAAGAGGAGGGAGUUUUGGCCAGCAGACUCUCCUGCCUGGAGUUCCCAGCCGGGGGGCAGGCGGGUGAAGAUCAGGUGCCCAACCAGGGAGGAGAUGGAGAGCCAAGGUGCCCAUCGGAGCCCUCGACGUCCUUGGAGAGAAACGGGUUCAUCUUUGCCAUGACGGAGGUUCCCAGAGCCUAAACCUCCCCUCUCAGGGCAGGGCUGGGUGGCCGGGUGGGGAUUCUGGGAGUUGAAGUCCACAUGUCUUGGGAACUCGACUGACACACCGAGUCUCCCCUCUGUUCAGCACAGGCCUUAAAAAUGAGUUUUUUUUUUAAAAAAAGUUUCCAUUAAACGUUUUUACCUUUAAAAACAACAGCAAAUGCAGGGAAGAGAAGAGAAACGUAAGCAGAUAGUUACACAGCCUUCUGCGUUUAGCCUUUGAGGUUCUCGUUCUACGUCGGCCUUCCUAUCGCUUUGUAACCUCUGCCGUAGUGUAGUAAAGAGUUGUACUAAGAGUUGUAAUAAUAUUAGUUCUUCAUAUCACCAUUAUAUUUGCAUUGCGGUCAAAUGGGAUUUUUAAUCGCGAUUCUCCAUCCGCCCCAGACUUGGAAAGGCUCCCAGGGGUCAGAGGCCAUACACCUGUGUGCCAAGUUCGAGAGACGCAUACCUGUGUGCCAAGUUCGAGAGACGUGUGCCAAAUUCGCGACACGCAAGGAAGGGAGGGAGAAGAGCUGAAAAAGGGUUCGGGAAGCAGCCGGAUCUUUCGGGUUCUCCCAAGUGGUUCAGUCACAGCUGCUGGGGGGGUUUUCUGAGAGGGGAGAGAAGGAACUAAGCCCCCCCACCCGGCCCUCUUUUUCUGAACUUCAGAAGCCUGAGCUGGAUGGAGGAGGUGGGGAGGGGGGCCCUCCCCCUUUCUGAUGUCACCCACUGACAUCGUGCCUGGCCUGGUGGGCCCAGGAGGUGCCAGUGGCCCCAAAUAUCAGGGCUGCUGCAGGCUCCCCUCUUCCCCCGCCCUCACGAAGGAGACCCCCCCAGAACGAGGGCCAAGGCAGGGGCUGCUCCAAGAGAUGGGGGCUCUCUGGGAGGCAGGGGGGAGGUUUCUGGCGGGAGGGAGGGAGGGGGGGUGGCAUCUUCCCCUCUCCUGCCUCCAAAGAUGAAGGGGGGGGGCUUCUAAAGCCUCUCUCCAUAUUUGUUGCUGCAGCUGGGACUACAGUUCCCAGGAUUCCAGGCAGCAUCACCCUCCCCCCCAUCCCCCCCCACAGGCAUUAACCCACCUUAGCCCAUGAUAUGGCUGCCCAUUGACUCUCAGCCACUCUGGGCGGCUUAUUAAGAAACAAGAACCAGUAUAAAGAGACUAAAACAAUCCCCGUUUUAGUGUCGUCAAUCAAUCAAUCAAUCAAUCAAAGGAGUCACUCGAUGGGCUCCACCCCGCCAAACCAGUUCUUCUGAAAGGGUGCCAGAAUAGGAGCCCCCCUGAUCUUCCACAGGGAGGGAGCCACCGCGGAGAAGGCCCUUCUCUCCUG